CCUCAUUGUGAGGAGAAACGUGAGCCAGCCUCUUGCUUGGAGGUAGGCUUUGUGGAGAGAGUAUAAUAUAUGAAUAUAAUAACGGUAGUGUACACAGUGCAGAUUCUGGUGAGAUUCUUCCUUGUGUGGCAACAUCCAGGAAAUGAUGUCACACUGUAAGCCCAGCCCACAUAUUUCUUUACCUGAGGUAAUCGGUGGUUGGGGGCAGAGCUAUAUUAUGGGCGGAGCCAUGCAAGCAGAGGUAGACCAGGAGCAAAAACAAGGAAGAAGUCAUACUGAGGAGUUCUCUGCGUCUGCGUGUCGGUGUGUUUCGGUGUGUGUGUGUUCAGCUCUCAGGAUUGUAGCAGAAACAUUUGAAGGAGGAGUUUUUUGUCCUUCCUCACACUCAACUGAAAGGUUUCUCCAGACCUGGAUAUGGACCUCCCCGACGCUCCCCAUGGGAAUAUGGGGCUGUUGAGGAACUUUGAUUCCCCCGAGUUUGGCAGCUGGGAGAAGAUCGGCUCGGGUGGCUUUGGACAAGUAUACAAAGUCCGUCAUGUACAGUGGAAAACAUGGCUGGCCAUCAAGUGCCCUCCCUGCCUUCACAUGGACGACAAGGAACGGGCCGAGCUGCUUGCGGAGGCCAGGAAGAUGGAGGCGGCCAAGUUCCGCUACAUACUGCCCGUGUACGGCAUCUGUGAAGACCCCCAGGGCCUUGUGAUGGAGUACAUGGAGACGGGCUCCCUGGAGACCCUGCUGGCGGACGAGCCCCUGCCCUGGGAGCUGCGCUUCCGCAUCAUCCACGAGACGGCGGUGGGAAUGAACUUCCUGCACUGCAUGAGCCCGCCCCUUCUGCACCUGGACCUGAAGCCCGCCAACAUCCUGUUGGACGCGCACUACCACGUCAAGAUAUCGGACUUCGGCCUGGCCCGCUGGAACGGGUUGUCGCGGGCUGAUGACAUCAGCAGGGACGGGUUCUGCGGGACCAUCGCGUACCUCCCCCCGGAGAGGAUCAUCGAGAAGGACCGGGUGUCGGACACCAAGCACGACGUCUACAGCUUCUCCAUUGUCAUCUGGGGAGUUCUCACGCAGAAGAAGCCCUACCAAGGAGAGAACAACAUCCUCCAGAUCAUGGUGAAGGUGGUGAAAGGGGUGCGUCCCGACCUGGGGUGCGUGCCACGCAGUCGACCCCAGGCCUGCACGGGGUUCCUGGGCCUCAUGCAGCGCUGCUGGGCCACCUCCCCCGGGGCCAGGCCCACCUUUCAGGAAAUCACAUCAGAAGCUGAAGACCUCUGCUCCAAACCUCAGGAGGAACCGAAGAUCCCCAACCCAGAAUCGGAGCUGGCCUCCUGUAACGAAAUCCUCCCAGAUAAGGUGAAGGACAACAGGCCGGUGCGGCCCAAGUCGGCCAUGCUGCCGGAGAAGGACUGCAGCCUGUCGGAGCUGCUGAGCCAGGUGGACUCGGGGAUCUCCCGGAGCUUCGACCGGGUGAAAGAGGAGGGCGGCCACUGCAAGGAGGACACCUGCAAGAGGCUGUCGGGCAUCUCCUCCGUGGACUCUGCCUUCUCCUCCCAGGACUCCAUCUCCCUGUCCUUUGAGAGGGAGAGCACGUGUGAGUCGACAGAGACCCACAAGCGGAAGCUGUGCGACGCCAUCCGCACCAACGACACGGCCCGGCUCAUGAAGAUCCUGCAGCCCCAGGACGUGGACCUGCUGCUGGAGGGCGGGGGCGGCCUGCUGCACCACGCCGUGGCCCUGGCCAACGAGGAGGCGCUCAAGUUCCUCCUGCUCAACAACGCCGACCCCAACCUCGCCGACGGCCGGGGCUCCACGCCGCUGCACCUGGCCACGGAGAAGCACCUGAAGCCCCUGGCGGAGCUCCUGCUGAACCGCCGCUGCACCAACGUCAACGCCAAGGACGAGGACCAGCACACGGCGCUGCACUGCGCCGCGCAGAACGGCGACGAGGCGGUCGCCCGCCUGCUGCUGGAGCGCGGCGCCGCCCUCAACGAGACGGACGGCCAGGGCCGCACACCCACCUACGUGGCGUGCCAGCACGGCCAGGAGAACGUGGUGCGCGUGCUGCUGAGCCGCGGCGCCGACGUGCACGUGCGCGGCCGGGGCCACUGGACGGCGCUGCACCUGGCGGCCUGGCAGGGCCACCUGGGCAUCAGCAAGCUGCUGGUCAAGCAGGCGGGCGCCGACGUGGACGGGCAGACGGUGGACGGGCGCACGCCGCUGCACCUGGCGUCGCAGCGCGGGCAGUACCGCGUGGCGCGCAUCCUCAUCGAGCUGGGCGCCGACAUCCACGUGGCGGCGGACGGCGCCAACGCGCCCCUGCACGUGGCGGCGCAGACGGGCCACACCAGCACCUCGCGCCUCCUGGUGAAGCACGGGGCCGACCUGCGCGGACGCAACGCGCAGGGGCGCACGGCGCUGCACCUGGCCGCCCAGCGGGGACACCUGGCCACGGUGAAGAUGCUGAUGGAGGAAGGGGCGGACCCCCGCGGCGAGGACAAGGCCCUGCGCACGCCCUGCCACCUGGCGUCCGAGGGCGGGCACGGCGAGGUGGUGAAGGAGCUGCUGAGCGUCUGCCCGGACGGCGCCGGCCUGUCGGACCACCAGGGCCUCACCCCGCUGCACCUGGCCCUGCAGGGGGGCUACACAGACGUCAUCACGCUGCUGCUGCCGGAGGGCGAGGCGCUGGCGCUGGCGCCGGGGCCCGCGGUGCGGCGGGACCCUGGGGCGGUGGUGGAGGAGAGGCCGGAGAGGCCGGUGGCGCCGGUGCCCGUGGUGCGGCGGGACUCUGGGGAGGUGGUAGAGGAGAGGCCGGGGCCCGUGGUGCGGCGGGACUCUGUGGAGGAGAUGCCGGCGACGCCUCCGCCGACGGAGAGCCCCCGCAAGACGCAGGCCGCCAAGCCGCUCCUGAGGAAGGUGGUGAUACUCAAACUGACGGAGCACGACCGCAAGGAAAUGUCCCCGGACACGACCGUCCAUCGGUGGUCCACGGAGCUCUGAUGACCGUGUGACGCGUCGUUGUACAGGACUGUAUAGAUCCGAUUUUUUUUUUUUUGCUAGGAUCCCACGUCACUCGGUUGUAAAGAUCACGUGUUUGACUCUUUUUUUUUUUUUUUUUUUUUUGGGCCGUCAUAAGCAGCUGGAAAAUAGUUCUGGCCAAAGGGGUUGAUUCUCUGGUGUUUUAAGGCUUCAGAUUUGUAUUUAGUUUUUUUUAUCAGUGGGAAACGUUUUUAUGUAAAUAUGUACAAUGUAAAUACAAUGUGUAUAUAGUCCAAAAUAUUUUGAGUUUAGUCCCUUUUUUUUUUUCACCUAAAGACAUGCAUUUGUAAUCAGAAAGUAUUUGGAUAUUUUCCAGUAGUAUUUUUCCCUCCUAUGCACCCCUUUCUUCAGUGUUUCUUAAACAGUAUGUCCAUAAGGUAUAAAUACAAAGCCCAAUACUGUGGAUGAUAUGGGCCAAAGGAUUGUGACAUAUCUUAUCAAUCUUUGAUUGCUGGUGUUAGAUGAAUUUGUACAGCAUCAUUACCAAAAUAAGUCUAAACUACAAAGAUGGUCGUCUAAAAAUCCAUCUAAGAAUGUGGAAUAUUACUUUCUCACAUGCUACCAUUUCUUUAUUUUUUCACAUGGAUAAAUCUAAAAAGCAUCAGUCAAAGCUAAUCUAGAGAACCAGACUUCUUAAAUAUCAUUGACCUAAAGUAAUGACACAUUUUGUAAAAAAAUAUGUUUUGCAUUAAUUAGUGAAGAAAAAUAUGAUAAUGGGUUUGAAUUAUUGUAUUCUAUAAUUUUUAUUUUAUAUACUGUCUGUGCCUUAUCAAAUAGAAUAUGUAUUCAGUAAGGUUUUAUUAUCACAUUGCUACAAAUGUCUGAUCUAACUCUACAGGUCAAUUCAUUCCAAUUUAAAGAAACAACCUAAUGACAAUGAAGGUAGCUUUGUUUAAACACUGUCAAGUUGAUCAUUUACCGCUUCCAAUGCAGUUUGCUGGAUUGAAACAUGCAUUCAUUUAUCCUCUGCAUCCAAAGAAAUAUAAAAGCGAUACUGCCCAUCUCCAAACUCUUGUUUUGUUCAUGCAUUCUUGCUGUGCAUUGUUAAACAUUAAAUGGUUUUUUUACAAUCAA